UGCCGGGCACGGAACUGAACAUUUUUACGCGAAUCACGCUGCACGGAGUGCCAUAAAUAAGCGUAUUAUGGCUUUCCUUGGCAUAUGUAGGAUUUUCUUUACUAUCUUUGGCCAAACUUUGACCAAUCCUGGUGAAUCAUCUACAAGAACCUGAGUCAGCGAAAUCGUUUUGCUCAGUGCGCGAACACGGCAUCUCGGAGCAAGGCUCGGCACAGUUCGAGCACACCUCUACCCUUAAGUAUUACACACAGACGUCCAGAGAUAUGAACCCACUUCCCUUGUACCCAUCCCCCGUUGGCGCUGUCAGUCCGUUCUUGAAAUUUACUCGCUGCCCUCGAGUGACGAGACUCUCACAAAAUGACAACGAUGGCGGAGCCGUCAUCUCCAGUUCAAGAGGCGAAAGAGAAGCCAGGUGCAUCGUGGAAAAAAGAUGAAGAGCAUGUCGUCCCAAAAAAUCGAAUAGGCAUUGUAUUCUUCGGUUUGAUGUGCAGUGUAUUCUUGGCGGCUUUAGAUCAAACUAUUGUAGCCACCGCCCUGCCCACAAUCGUAGCGGAGCUUGGAGGGGGGCAAAACUACAGUUGGGUAGGAAGUGCGUACAUGUUGGCGUCCGCUUCUUUAGGCCCGCUAUACGGCAAGCUAUCUGACAUUGUAGGCCGCAAACCCAUACUAUACGGAUCCAUCAUCAUAUUUUUAAUUGGUUCAGCGUUGUGUGGCGCAGCACAGACUAUGACAUGGUUGAUUGUCUGUCGUGCCGUACAAGGAAUCGGCGGCGGGGGCAUCAUGCAACUCGUACAGAUCACCAUAUCCGACAUCGUGUCAUUGCAAGACCGAGGCAAGUAUGGUGGCUUCAUCGGUGCCACCUGGGGCAUAGCAAGCGUUAUCGGACCGUUGCUCGGCGGUGUUUUUACCGAUCAUGUAACUUGGAGGUGGUGCUUCUGGAUCAAUUUACCGACUGGCGGCUUAGCUGGGGCACUUUUAUUCUUCUUCCUAAAUUUAAAUCCCCAUCAAGGAAGACCAUUCCGCGACCAUAUCCGGGAAUUUGAUUUCGUUGGGCUUUUCGUGAUUAUUGUAGGUGUCGUUUGCCUGCUUAUAGGUUUCAACUCGAGCGAAACGACAUGGCAAAGUGCCGAAACUAUUGCUCUCCUUGCUGUGGGAGGCACGUUGUUAAUCCUUGCCGGCGUUAAUGAGAUAUAUACGAAGCGGUCCCCCAUCAUCCCUCCUCGUCUUUUCAAGACACGUACAACUGGCUUGAUAAUGGUUUCUGUAUUUUUGCAUGCUGUGGUAUUCUUCACAGGUACGUCAUGUUCAUACUACCUUCCAAUGUAUUACCAAGUUCUUGGCGCAUCGGCAACCGGCUCUGGCGUUAAAAUGCUGCCUUAUUCGUUAGGCAGUUCGCUCAUGUCAGCAGUUUCUGGAAUAAUUGUGACCCGGACGGGAUCCUACCGUCCCGUCAUGUGGUGCGGAUGGACUGUCAUGACACUUGGUUGGGGUCUCAUGAUCAUGCUGUCCAGUACGAGUACUAGGUAUGUGUAUAAUGAUUGCCGAAGUCAGGUGAUCACUAUAGCUUUUUUAUACAGUGCAGAGAAGGAAAUCUACCCCUUUAUCACAGCGCUUGGCAUCGGUUGCUUGUUCCAGACCCCGCUUAUUGGCAUACAGGCGGCCAUGCCCAUCAAGGAUAUGGCUACCAGUACAAGUGCUUUUGUGUUCCUCCGAACUCUUGGGGGUACGAUAGGUAUUACAAUCGGGGAAGCUAUCAUUUCCAGUGUCCUCCAGCAGAAAUUGCGGGGCAUCCAGGGCCUCACCAUCGACACUUCUGCAGCGGCUUUGAAUGAUAGCGUCAGGCAGAUUUCUUCCAUUUCUAACCCAACAGUGCGUAAUGAGGUCAUGUAUGCUUACUCGCGGUCUAUCAGCACGGUUUGGUUGGUCAACGUGCCACUAGUUGCGUUCGGUCUCUUUCUAGUUCUCUUUAUUCGUGGUUACACACUCGAGCGCACUGUUAUCCGCAGCGGUGAGAAGAAGCUAGGAGACAUUGAGCAAGGUGCUGCUCAAGCGACGAUAGAAGAAGAAUCACGAGUCGUGGAGUCCGAAUCUUUGGAGAGCGAGAAGAGACAAGCUUCCCGUGAUGACGCCUCUGAACGCACACGAACAAACAUGGCAGAGGACACUACUAGUAUCAAGCAGAAGACGGAAGCAUAGAGUGAGGGACAUCCGAUACCCCUGUCUCGGGCCUGGAAGUGGACGAACAGGCGAUACCUGAUUAUACCUUAUCAAUGGUGGCCUCGGGCGAUGCAUGUCACUUAAUGGCUCGCAUAGAAAUGAUUUGAAACUAAAUUAUGUAGCUUGUAAAUGGACUAGAGUAUCGUAUGUACUUCUCUCACUUACGAAUCCAUGCUAAUGGUGUAAUAUACUCAUGACUCAAGACGUCCGUCCUUCGUGUGCACUGGUAACAAUGAUCUGGAUCAUGCUGUGAAUGGAAUAAAAGUUCAGUGAAC